AAUCUUCUUCCUUAAGGAUACUCGCCGAAUCCCUAAAAGCCAUUCGGUCGCCUCGCUUCCGUCCCAAUUCCCCUCUCUUCUUCCGGAUCGCGCCGCUGGCCGUCACGCGAGCCUUCUCAGGGUUGGUUUCUUGUAGAAAAGGAUCCCGUUCGACACAAGCAUGGCCUCGUAUCUUCCUGCUACUACUGAUUCAAUAGCACAGGCAUUGGAGGCUAAAGAUGCUUCUGAGUCCAUUUCUAUGCUCUAUCGAGUCCUUGAAAACCCAUCGGCUUCUCCAGAGGCAUUGCGCAUAAAAGAACAGGCGAUAACAAAUCUUACUGAACUGCUUACACAGGAGAAGAAGGCUGAGGACUUGAGAAGCCUCCUGACCCAGCUUAGACCCUUCUUUUCAUUGAUUCCCAAGGCAAAAACUGCAAAAAUAGUGAGGGGAAUUAUAGAUGCUGUUGCAAAGAUACCAGGAACCUCUGAUCUCCAAAUCUCUCUUUGCAAGGAAAUGGUGGAAUGGACCCGUGCGGAGAAACGAACAUUCCUCAGGCAACGAGUGGAGGCUAGGCUUGCAGCCCUGUUGAUGGAAAGUAAAGAGUAUUCUGAAGCCUUGACACUUCUCUCCAGCCUAAUCAAGGAAGUCAGGAGAUUGGAUGACAAGUUACUUCUAGUGGAUAUCGACCUUUUGGAGAGCAAGCUUCACUUUUCCCUGAGAAAUCUACCCAAGGCGAAAGCUGCAUUAACGGCAGCAAGAACUGCUGCUAAUGCCAUUUAUGUUCCACCAGCACAGCAGGGAACAAUAGAUUUACAAAGUGGCAUCCUUCAUGCAGAAGAGAAGGACUACAAGACUGCUUACAGCUACUUCUUUGAAGCAUUUGAAGCAUUUAAUGCUCUGGAGGAUCCCCGAGCUGUCUUUAGCCUCAAAUACAUGCUCCUGUGCAAGAUUAUGGUUAGCCAAGCCGAUGAUGUUUCAGGAAUAAUAUCUUCCAAGGCUGGAUUGCAGUACGUAGGUCCUGACUUGGAUGCUAUGAAAGCUGUUGCCGAUGCACACUCGAAACGGUCACUGAAGUUCUUUGAAACCGCACUUAGGGAUUACAGGGCCCAGUUGGAGGAAGAUCCAAUCGUUCAUAGGCAUCUGUCGUCAUUGUACGACACCCUCCUGGAGCAGAACCUUUGCAGGUUGAUCGAACCCUACUCGAGGGUGGAGAUCGCACAUGUAGCCGAGAUGAUCGAGUUGCCAGUGGAUCACGUGGAGAAGAAGCUGUCUCAGAUGAUACUCGACAAGAAGUUUGCAGGGACCUUGGACCAAGGUGCAGGUUGUCUUGUUAUCUUCGACGAUCCCAAACCUGAUGCGAUUUUUCCUGCCACCCUGGAGACCAUAGCCAACAUCGGCAAGGUCGUGGAUAGCCUUUAUGUGAGAUCAGCACGUAUAAUGGCGUGAAAGUCGGGUGGUUCAUCCACGGUGGUCUUAGAAAACUUUAUACGAUGUUUGUUUAGCAGUCCAUUGGAUGGUUGAGGCUUAAAACUUUCUCGUUUCUUUGUCCCACGUUGGCUGUGUCCAUUAUCUUGUGCAAACUCUUAAUUGUAUGAACUUGGUACCUUCCGUUUGGGUUUGGGUUCAUUUCAUUUAGGACA